AUGGCUCUCUACAACUUUAAAAAUAUUAUAGUGGUUCCCACCGCUAAGGACUUCACAGAUGUGACUUUAUCCAAAACCCAGAGAAAAACUCCCACUGUCAUACACAAACACUAUCAGAUCCACAGAGUAACACAUUUCUACAUGCUCAAAGUUGAAUUCACCCAGCAAAACUACCAUGACCGGCUCUCUCAGAUCCUCACUGACUUCCCCAAACUGGACGACAUCCACCCCUUCUAUGCUGAUUUGAUGAAUGUGUUGUAUGAUAAAGAUCAUUAUAAACUGGCUCUGGGACAGAUCAAUAUUGCAAAGAACCUGACUGACAAUGUUGCUAAAAAUGAUGUCCGUCUGAUGAAAUAUGGAGACUCACUGUAUCGUUGCAAGCAGCUGAAGCGGGCCGCACUGGGUCGCAUGUGCACCAUCUUAAAGAAACAGAAACAGAGCAUAGAGUAUUUGGAACAAGUGCGGCAGCAUCUGUCCCGUUUACCUACCAUCGACCCAAACACCAGAACCCUGCUAUGUGGCUACUCCAAUGUCGGCAAGUCCAGCUUUAUCAAUAAGGUGACCCGUGCAGAUGUUGAAGUCCAGCCAUAUGCCUUCAACACCAAAUCUUUGUUUGUAGGUCACAUGGAUUACAAAUACCUGCGCUGGCAAGUUGUUGAUACUCCUGGUAUUCUGGAUCACCCUCUUGAGGAAAGGAAUACUAUAGAAAUGCAGGCCAUCACAGCUCUGGCUCACCUGCGUGCCGCUGUACUCUAUGUCAUGGAUCUCUCCGAGCAGUGUGGACACACACUCUCCCAAGAGUUAGAGCUUUUCAGCAAUAUACGACCACUGUUUGCCAACAAACCUCUGAUGGUGAUGGCCAAUAAGUGUGACGUGAGGAAGAUGAGUGAACUCUCAGAGGAGAAUCAGAAAAUCUCUGCUGAUGGGAUUACAGUGAUUGAAACCAGCUCUCUGACAGAACAGGGAGUGAUGCAGGUGAAGAUGGAGGCAUGUGAUUGGCUAUUGGCUCACCGCGUGGACACAAAGAUGAAAGGCAAAAAGGUCCAUGAGGUUUUGAACAGACUCCACCUGGCAGUGCCUACCAAGAGAGACCAAAAGGUACAAACACGCACUCCUUACUUUGCCAUUCCCUCUAUGACUGAGAUGUGUUCAGUAUUGGCAUGUCUCAUAAUAAAAGCACUGGUUAUCUUUUGUGAAGAAAGACUGGAGAAAGACCUGGAGAUGGAGCUGGGAGACUACUACACACUGGACCUACGGAAAUACUGGGAUUUGGUAAAUCCAGAUGAGAAGCAGGAAAAGAUUCCUGAGGUUUGGGAGGGACACAAUAUUGCUGACUACAUCGACCCGGAGAUCAUGAAGAGGCUGGUGGAUUUGGAACAUGAAGAGGAACUGCGCGAGCAGGCCGGAGAAUAUGACUCUGAGGAAGAGAGUGAAGAUGAGGAGAUGAAGGAAAUCCAGCAGCUGGCCAGUCAGAUUCGAGAGAAAAGGAAACUGAAGAUUUUCGAGUCCAAAGAGAAAGACACUCAGGGACCCAGGAUGCCCCGCACAGCCAAGAAGAUGGAGAGAGCGACUCUGGAGAAGGAGCUGGGUGAUCUAAGUUUGGACAUGACAGAUAAAGAUGAUAUUCAUUAUGCUUGGAGAUCUCGCUCUCUGGUCCGAAAGAGGAAGAGGGAAUUGUCAGCACCACCGACAUCACGCACUCGCAGCCAGAGUGCCUCAAAGCCACCACGGCACCAAUCAGGUGUCAGAGAUGCUAAGAUGUUGAAGAAGGUGAAGACCAUGAUGAAGAGCUCACAGAAGGAUAUGAACAAACAGGGCAGGAAGGGUGAAUCUGACCGCCAUGUGUUUGAUCUCAAACCUAAACAUCUCCUUUCUGGAAAGAGGAAAUCUGGUACCAACAGCCGAAGAUAAAUGCAGUCUUGCUCACUUGUUCUUUCUCUCUGAUUUAUGCAUCCUAUCCUUAUGCUAUGAUUAAUAAAUAAUUGUUCUAUAUUCUGUAGUUAUUCUUUCUACAGAUGGAAACACAGUUUAAAAAUGAAAGAAUUUGCUAUUGAAAUGUUAGUAAUGUAAUUAUCCCAAGUGUCUGAUAUCGUGCAGAAUGUGCCAUAUAGAUCAUGUGCAUGAUCAUGAAUUUGAAUUCUACAUUUUUUAAAAAAACAAAACAAAAAAACAGAUCUGAGUACAGAUUAAUGGGGAAGCAGUUGUUGUUUUGCAACUGAGGAGAAUAUGUGCAGUGGGAGUCCAGUAAAUCUCUACCCAAAUAAUUGAACCGGAGUCUCCUGAAUUUUAAUUAAAUCACUCUUGGAAUGUGGAAAUUUACU